CAAUUUCACACAGCGCCUCUCUUCUUCUUCUUCUUCUUCUCCUUCCUCUUCUUCUUCUUCAUGCUGUGCCUCAAUUGCCACGCGUUCUUUCAUGGACCCACCCACCUUGCUUUCUCUCUCUACCUUCUAUAAACUUCUUUCCAUCCCCCUUAAUUUCCUUCUGGAUCAGGUGGGCGUUCCCUAAAUUCAACUGAAAUUUCACAUUUCAAUCGAAUGCUCCUCCUCCUGCUGCUGCUUCUGCGGCCAUUUUCAAGCGGUUUGCGGUUCUAGGAGAGCUUAACGACGGGAUUGGGAUUGGGAUUGGGAUUGGGAAUUUUCUCUUUUCUUCCUUCUUCUUUUCCCUCUCUGUAUAACACCCAUGGCUCCCAGCAAGUUUAAUUCCUCUGGAGAAGGAAACUUUUCUAGCCCCAUGGCAGAGAAUGGUUUUCUAAAUUCAACUUCUCUGUUAAAUUCUGAGAAGGCUGUCCAGGAACUUCUUCAACGGUCUCCAUUGAUGGAGACUGAUGAUCACCUUGUUGAAUUUUCAGAGGCCUUAAGAACUGUUGCAAAAGCAUUAAGAAAAGCAGCUGAGGGUAAGGCUGCUGCACAGGCCGAGGCUGCUGAAUGGAAGCGCAAAUUUGAACUGGAGAGGACAAGAAAUCUUCAACUUGAGCAUAAAGGUCAGUCACCCACUGAACGCAAUGGGUAUGAUAUUAAAAGGUCAAGGAACCUACCUCCACAAGCCACAGAGAAGUCAGAGUGGUGUUGUGGGUUAAAUGGAAUAUGUUCUCAUGAAGUUCUUCAAGACGGAGACAUUGAUUCUGCUUCUCAGAAGGCUUCCAGAAAAUAUACGAGAAAGGCAUCAUUUAAACUUUCAUGGUGCUGCAAUGGCGAUCAUAGUGAUAGACACAAGCAUGAUGUCGUCUCCUUUGAAAAAGGAAACAUAACAACUGCAGAGCGUAGCAGUAGACAGAUUUCCUUGAAAUGGGAAUCUCAACCUCAGACUGUGCUUAUAUUGACCAAACCAAACUCAAUAUCGGUUCAAAUGAUUUGUUUUGAGAUGGUCAGAUGGUUGAGAGAACAUAAAGAUCUUCACAUUUAUGUUGAGCCUCGCGUCAAAAAUGAGCUUCUGACUGAAUCAGACUACUACAAUUUUGUCCAGACAUGGAAAAGCGACGAGGAAAUUAUGCUUCUCCACACUAAAGUUGACCUUGUUGUUACUCUUGGUGGAGAUGGAACAGUGCUUUGGGCAGCAUCAAUGUUUAAAGGACCAGUUCCUCCGCUUGUUCCAUUUUCUUUAGGGUCUCUGGGUUUUAUGACUCCUUUUCACAGUGAGCAUUAUAGAGAGUGCUUGGAUUCAGUUCUAAAGGGUCCAAUUAGUAUUACAUUGCGACACCGACUGCAGUGCCAUGUUAUUCGAGAUGCAGCAAGAAAUGAAUAUGAAACCGAAGAGCCUAUACUUGUGCUGAAUGAGGUUACAAUUGAUCGUGGAAUAUCGUCCUACCUUACCAAUUUGGAAUGCUAUUGUGACCGUUCCUUCGUAACUUGUGUCCAAGGAGAUGGACUGAUUCUAUCAACUACUUCUGGCAGCACAGCAUACUCGUUGGCGGCUGGGGGAUCAAUGGUUCAUCCUCAGGUUCCCGGCAUUCUAUUUACACCAAUAUGCCCACACUCCUUGUCUUUUCGACCCUUAAUAUUUCCCGAGUAUGUAACGAUACGUAUACAAGUACCAUUCAACAGCAGGGGGCACGCAUGGGCGUCUUUCGACGGUAAAGACAGGAAGCAAUUGGCAGCAGGGGAUGCACUUGUAUGCAGCAUGGCACCUUGGCCAGUGCCUACAGCAUGCCAGGUAGACUCAACAAAUGACUUUUUGCGCAGCAUUCACGAUGGCCUUCACUGGAAUCUAAGAAAGACACAAUCUUUCGAUGGACCUCGAGAUGCAUGACCAAAUCAUAAAGCUUCUUUAUAUUACAACUUGUUGACAGGAAGCAGUUGAUUCUCUUUGGUAUUUAUACUCUUCAACAUAUACCUUAGUAGUUCUGCCUCAGAAAUGAACAGAUGUAGUAGGAGGAAAAAUGAGAAAGAAAAUCACUGAAUAACAGUAGUUUUCUUUCAUUAUUUAUGGUUUAAGCUGAAGGCUCAAGAAAAUGAUGAGAGCCCAUAUUUUAAUAAGUUGUAUGGUAGAAUGACUGCUGACAAAUUUUUGAAUUGUAAGCGAUAGAUGAAUGUAAUAUUUCUAUUUUCUUUCUCAGUUCUUAGUAUGUAUGAUAAUUGUAUGUCUAAAAAGGCCUUGUCUAGAUGAAUCGAAGUGUUUACAUGUAACAGUAGUAGUGUUGUCAUAAACCAUAAUUUCUCUCAGAAGUUUUGGUUUCAUCCUCAAGUGUGUAACUAAUGUUGUAGCUAAUGAAGUAGUUUCUCUUCCUUCCCUCA